UGAAACGUGCAGAACGUGAUGCUGUCGGAUCAAAGCAGCUCUCCGGGAUCAGCUGACCCCAAAAAGUACUUCGGUUUUUUUUUUAAGUGAUCUUCAGAACCAACUUUGACAUUUCAGCUUCAGGAUACACAAACAGCAUAAACCUGACACAUGGCUAUAAAUUACAGGGAACACAAUCUUCGUACUUCAUCUGAUGAGAAAGAUGAGGCCAAUCCCGCCUUGUCUUUCUCUCCAGUUAAGGAGGUCAAUAUCAAACGACACAUCAUCUCCUCGUCCUCGACUGAAUACCUGAUACAGUCUUUUUUGGGGGAGGGCUUUUUUGGACAAGUUGCCAAGUGCAUAAAGGCAAGCACCGGAGAAACAGUUGCUGUAAAGAUAAUGAAGAAAGGCUUGGAUAUCGAGGCGCAGAAUGAGCUGGCCAUCCUUCAACAUCUGAGCAGUUUCGACUCAAACAGAUACAACUUUGUCCGAUGCGAUAAUGUAUUCGUGGCCAGAGAGCACGUCUGUCUCGAGUUCGAAAUGCUCGAUAUGAGUCUGUGGGAUUUCCGAUUGAAGAGACCAUCCCCAUGUUUCAGUCUGAAAGAAAUCCGUCCGAUUCUGCAUCAGAUGGCCACAACUCUUCAGUUCCUGGAGAGCACAGGCAUUGUCCACACGGAUCUCAAGCCAGACAACAUCAUGUUGGUGGACCAUGUAAACCAGCCACUCAAGAUUAAAAUUAUCGACUUUGGCUGUGCCAUGCCAGCCUCGGAGUUGGAAGGAGGCUUUUAUAGGCAGGCACUCUGUUACAGAUCUCCAGAGGUCAUCCUAGGACUUCCCCUCACAUCAGCUAUUGACAUGUGGUCUCUGGGCUGCAUUGUUGCAGAACUGUUCUUGGGCCAUGUGCUGUAUCCUGUCAACACUUCGUAUGACAUGUUACGACACAUGGAGCGCACUCACGGUCGGAUACCACAGCGUCUGCUGCGUGAGGGAUACAACACCAGGAGGUAUUUUUGUAAAAAGAGAGGUCAUCGAAACCGCUGGAGAUUAAAAACACCAUCAGAAUUUGGACAAGGCGUUUGCACCAAGAGCCUUUUCAACUCCCUGCAUGACCUCUUGAUGUUGAGGCCAUCCUGUCAUCUGUCAGACGAGGACAACAGGGCAGAAAUGGUAGACAUAGAGAACUUCACAGAAUUGCUGAAGAAGAUGCUUCAUCUAGAUUUCAGUAAAAGGAUAUUACCCAGCGAGCUUUUUGAGGAUCCCUUUAUUUCGAUGAACAACCUUGCAGACAGCUAUCCCAACAGCUCCUAUUACUAUUUUUUUUCUUCCAGCGUGAAAUCCAGCUUUGAAAUGAUGAAAGUCUGUCAGAGACAGAGUCUGAGCAAUACCAGUACCACAUUUUCUGCCAGCCUGGAACCAAACAUCUCUCUCCAGGACCGUCCAAGUUGGGAUAUCUACCAAGACAGUUCCGUCGUACUGGGGAUUGCAUCGGAUUUCUCCCAUUUCUCCAUCCAUGAGGACCAAGGAAAAGCCCUUGGUGAUAAGGAGAAGAUGCCACCAGGCAAAUGGUUGAAAGACUCUUCUGAAACUUCAUACGCAAGUGGUGAAAGUAGCCCAGAAGGUAACCUGCCAGUGGAGAGGAAGAUGAAGAGGAAAUGGGAGUUCCAAAGGACAGCAAGACGGAAGAGAACAAAGAUGAGUGAUGUCUCCAUACAGGCUUCAGCCAGUGCACCUCAAGUCCAACUAGUCCACAGAGGAACACAGACAUCAGUCACUUUUACAGUUACAGACAGGUGCAGCAGAGCCUCACAAACUGGUUCACCAGAGAGGAAAAGGAUGAAGAUGAGCCUCCAUCAUGAGGCCCCUACAGAGGCCAUAAUGAAACGCAUAAGGGAGAAGAAGUGGGACUCUUAUAUAGUCUCAGACACUGGGAAGAGUGCUCCAAAACCUGAUUCUCCAGAGAGGAAGAAGAUAAAGAUUAGCCUUCUGCAUGACUCAAAAGAGGCUCCAACUGAAUCUUUGUCCAGUGAGGCCAUAAUGAAACAUAGAAAGAAGAGGAAGUGGGACUCUUACAUAGCCUCAGACACUAGAAAAAUUGCUCCAAAACCUGAUUCUCCAGAGAGGAAGAAGAUAAAGAUUAGCCUUCUGCAUGACUCAAAAGAGGCUCCAACUGAAUCUUUGUCCAGUGAGGCCAUAAUGAAACAUAGAAAGAAGAGGAAGUGGGACUCUUACAUAGCUUCAGACACUAGAAAAAUUGCUCCAAAACCUGAUUCUCCAGAGAGGAAGAAGAUAAAGAUUAGCCUCCUUCAUGACUCAAAAGAGGCUCCAACUGAAUCUUUGUCCAGUGAGGCCAUAAUGAAACAUGGAAAGAAGAGGAAGUGGGACUCUUACAUAGCCUCAGACACUGGAGAGAGUGCUCCAAAACCUGAUUCACCAGAGAGGAAGAAGAUGAAGAUUAGCCCCCUUCAUGACUCAAAAGAGGCUUGGUCCAAUGAGGUCAUAAUAGAAUAGGGCAGAAGAUGUGGGACAUUGACAUAGCCAACGAGGAAGCAGUUGGCUCAAAAGAGGCUCCUACUGAAGCAGUGCCAGCAAAGCCCUGGAGGAGCACCAACGAAAGAAGCAACAAGGGUUAAAUUCAAUGGAUCCAGGGCCGAGGGUGACUUCAGUUAAGUAUACAAGAAGUAAUGCCGGCACAAGUGGAACAUAGAUGAAACAACCUAGCAUAGUUUUUAGAUGCUACCAGGAAGCACCAGUUUCUUUGUCCAUCCGAUACCAAACUAUCUCUGGAAGGGAGUUCCCUCUUGUAUGAUCCUUCCCAAGGUUUCUUCCAGUCUUUCCUGUUAAAGGGUUAGGCUGGGAGUUUUUGCUUGCCUGCUUGAGGGAGGUGUCAAAUCACUUGGGCUUUAGAGCCUGGGCAUUUAACAUUCAAUUCCACUUAAUUGUAUUCUCCAAGUACUCCGGGUUCCUCCCAUUAUCCAAAGACUAACGAAAAAAAAGGCAGGCUGACUGGUUGAUCUAAAUUGUCCGUAGGUGUGAGUAGUUCUUUGUCUCUGUGUCAGUCCUGUGAUGAACUGGCAGCUUAUGUAGGUUAUACACCAAGGUGUCUGCACCAUGUCUGUUGGGUUUUCUCUGGAUACUCCAGUUUCCUCCCACAAUGCAGAGACAUUCAAAGAAAAGAUAGGUGGACUGGUUACUCCCUAGGUGUGAAUAGUUGUUUGCCUCUAUAUGUCAGCCCUGCGAUGAACUGGUGACUUAUCUAGGGUCUACCCCGCCGUGUCUACAUCAUGCCUUUUGGGUUCUCUCCAGGUACUCUGGCUUCCUCCCACAAUGCAAAGAUUUGCAAAAAAAGUGAGGCUGAUAGGUUACUCUAAAAUGUCCAUAGCUAUAGUUGUUUGGCUCUAUAUGUCAGCCCUGUGAUGAACUGGCAACUUAUCUAGGGUGUAUCCCCCUGUAUGUGCAUCAUGUCUGUUGGGUUCUCUCCAGGUACUCUGGCUUCCUCCCAUAAUGCAAAGAUUUGCAAAAAGAAGAAAGGCUGAUCGGUUACUCUAAAUUGUCCACAGGUGUAAAUAGUUGUUAGUCCCUAUAUGUCAACCCUGUGAUGAACUGGCGGCUUAUCUAGGUAUCUAGAUCUUGUUGUAGCAUGACUGCCCAAAGUGGUGAGGGGAAGUCUGUCUGCAAUCUGCA